GCGGCGGCAGCGGGCAUGGCAGCGCGGCGGGCGUGAGCGAGCGGGCGGCGACACCGGCACCGGGCCCGGCACCGGCCCGCAGGCGGCGGUGUCCGACAUGGAUUUCCUCGUGUUCUGCCCCUUUCUGCUGGUGCUGGUGCUGCCCGGGGGCAGCCUGGCAGACCUGGAGAAGCAGAGGGUGGACUCCGGCUUGGAAAUCUAUAAGAAACUGUUUGAGGUGAAGCGCAAGGACCAGAUGAAUGCCCUGAAGAACCUGAUCGAGCUCAACGACGUGAACCAGCAGUACAAAAUCAUCGACAUCAUGCUCAAGGGACUCUUCAAAGUGCUGGAGGACUCGCGGGCAGUGCUCAUAGCUGCGGACGUGCCCCCGGACGGGCCUUUCCCUCAGGAUGAGAAGCUGAAGGACGCCUACUCCCACGUGGUGGAGAAUACGGCCUUCUUCGGGGACGUUGUCCUGCGCUUCCCCAAGAUCGUGCACCACUACUUCGACCGCAACUCCAACUGGAACAACCUCAUCCGCUGGGGCAUCGGCUUCUGCAACCUGACGGGCGUCUUCGAGCGGGGGCCCCACUCCCAGCUCCUGGGGCUGAUGGCUCAGGAGCUGGGCAUCAGCGAGAAGUCCCCCGAUUACCGCAAUCCCUUCAAAGCCGACCACUCCGAGUUCUUCCCCAGCGCUGACACCUUCCAGAAGGCGCUGCGCGAGGAGGAGAAGCGGAGGAAGAAGGAGGAGAAGCGCAAGGAGAUCCGCAAGGGCCCGCGCAUCUCGCGCUCGCAGUCGGAGCUGUAAGCACCAGGCUGCACCUCCACAGGGCCGGCUUCGGGGCGGGAGCCUGGAUCCUGUGCCCACAGGGCUGCUCCCACCCGUGGGGCCGUGCCGCCUCUGCCCGCGGGUGGGCCGGGGAGCCCGCAGUGCUGCUGCUUGUGAGUCUUGGGGUGGUUAUUUUGUGUUUUGUUUGCCCCGGUUAUACCUGGCCUCUGCCCGGUCGCUACCUCUGCCCGACCCCGUGUCCGGGGGGCUGUUUUCCCACACGGCCGGCGUUCCAGCUGCGGCCCCACGCUUGGAAGGCCGGCUCCCAGCCCGGUUGGUGGUGCCUGGCGGGGACAUCGGCGCGCGCGGCUCCCCACCGAGACUCCCUCCGGGACCCAAAGCGGCAGCGGGACCACCGCCGGGAUGGUGCCGGGGCGGGGGCCGUGCCGCGCUGCCUUCAGGGAAGGGGAAACGUCCCGCAGCUCUCCGUGCGGGGGGCGGCGGGGACGCGCGCUGGAGCGGGGCGUGCCUCGUGUCUCCCGAAUAAACCCCAAUUAUUGUUAUUGA